AUGAAUAAAAUCAACAAUUAUGGUGUUAAUUUAUUAGUUUAUGGUGUGCUUUUAGAUGUUAAGUUACACAAGAUGAAACGUACAUAAAUUAUUUUAUUGUUAAGUCCAAAUGAGGUUCGCAUGAUAUAAAUGGUAAUGAUCAAUUUAUAACUGUUUCUUAGUUUGAUUCAUAAGGAACAUUCAGUACUUAUUUUGAUCUCACUUAGAUAUCUGAUAUUUAAUAAAAAGAAGAAUCUCAAUUAAAAAUAAUCAAUACAAAAGGAGAUUAUAUAAAAUUGUAUUUUGAAAGUUCUUUUUAAUUGAUUACAUUAAAAGAAGGAUUGGAUUAUUUAAUUAAGGAAGCUAAUAGAAUUUAAAAAUAACUUGAUAGUUAUAAUUAAAUUUGGAGUAGUGCUCUUAAAUUGAUUACUAAAGCAGAUAUAGAUAUGAAUAAUAAACUUAAUUUUAAAGAAUUUUAAUUUUUAAUAGGAGAAUUAUAAAUUGAGAUUCCAGAAAGAAAAUUAAUUCAAGUAUUUGAAAAAAAUCAAAAGAAUAAUUAAUUAGAUGAAACAACUUUAUAUAAAUUAUUAAUGGAUAUUACACGAAGACAUGAAUUGAAAGAAUUAUAUUAAAAAUAUAGUAGUAAAUAAGAAGGAAUGUUUGAAGAUCCACUUUAAGCUAUGUUAAUGACAGAUAAAGAUUUAUAAUAAUUUUAUAAAAUUGAACAAGGAUAAAUUGAUUAUUAAGCUAAAAGAAAAUUAUACAAUUUUUAUGAUUUUUAGAAUAUUAUAUUUAGUGAAGAGAAUUAAAUAUUCUAAUAAAAACCAAUAGAUUAAUCUUAACCAAUUACAAAAUAUUUAAUAAAUUCAUCACAUAAUACAUAUUUAGAGAGAAAUUAAUUAACUGGUGAAUCAAGUUGUUUUGCAUAUUAAGAUGCUUUCAAGAUGGGAUUUAAAUGUGUUGAAUUAGAUUGUUGGGAUGGAGAUGAUGGUGAACCAAAAGUUACUCAUGGACAUACAUUAGUUAAUGAUAUUAAAUUAAAAGAUGUUAUUAUUACAGUAAGAGAAUUUGCAUUUUAUAAAGAUAAUAAUCCUGCUAUUUUAUCACUUGAAAUGCAUUGUUGUUUGAAAUAAUAAAAGAGAAUAGCAGAAAUUUUAUAAAGCAUUCUAGGAGAAAUGUUAUUUGUAAUUAAAGAUUAUAAAUAAGAGAAGUUUUCUACUUUAUAAUAAUUGUAAAGAAAAGUUUUAGUUAAAUAUAAAGCAGAUGAUCAUUUUUUAUAAGAGAAAUUAUAAACUCAUUCUUCAACAUUAUUUUAUACAUAAUCACAUGAUGAUAUGUUAAUUAAAUUUGAAGAUAAUGAUAAUUAAAAUAUUUAAUCAAAUAUUAAAUAAUUUAGUCAAACUCUAGAUGAACAACAUCAUAAGAAAAUAUGUAGAGAAUUAUUGGAUAUUACUUCAUUAUAUGCAGUAUAAUUAAAAUUAGAUAAAAAACCAGAAUUAGUUUGGAUUGUAUCUAGUGUUUCAGAAGAUAAAAUAUAGGAUAUAAUAAAAAAGAAUCAUGGCAAAUUCUAAGAAUAUGUUGAUAAUUAUUUUGUUAGAAUUUAUCCUUUAGGAUUAAGAUUUGAUUCAAGUAAUUAUGAUCCAUUCCCUUCUUGGACAGCAGGAGCUUAAAUGGUUGCUUUAAAUAUUUAAACAAAAGAUUUAUUUAUGUUGUAAAAUUAUGGAAUGUUUCUUAACAGUUCUUAUGUCUUAAAAUCUAAUUAAGAUAUGAAAAUGAAUAUAUAUGUACGCAUCAUCAGUGCAACUAAUCUUGUUUGGGAAGAUGAUAAACGUAGAUAAGAAGAAAUUGUUGAUCCAUACAUUAAAAUAAGAAUUGCUGGAAAUCAUGAUGAUGUCAAUAAAUCUGAUAAAUGGAGAACAGAAGUUGUAUAGGAUAAUGGAUAUCAUCCUAUUUUUAAUUAUUAAUGUGUUAUUUAACUACGACAUGCUUAAUAAGAUGUUAUCUAUAUAUAAGCUUAUAGUUAUUCUAUAUUAGGAGAUUCCUUGUUGGGAUAAUAUUGUUUAUCACCACUUAAUUUAAGAACUGGUUAUAGAAUUGUCCCAUUAUUAAAUUCUCAAUUUAAACCAUUAUCUAAUAGUUAUGUAUUAAUGCAUAUCAAAAUUGAAUAUUGA